AUGGAGGGUGGAAGAAUUCCAUUUUUCAACCUGAACGACGAUCCAACCAACGCUGGUGAUCGUUGGAAGAAAUGGAUUGCUCGCUUUGAAAAUUUUUUAAUAGCGAGCGAUAUCAACAAUGUCGAAAGACAGAAGGCAUUAUUGUUACAUUAUGCCGGUGAAGACGUUUUUGAGAUCUUUCACAAUUUGCCAAAGCUGACUACAACAACAAAGGAACGCGUCGACGAAAAAGGCGCGAGAACAAGAGUCGAGAUGGACUGCUUCGAAAUAGCGAAACAAAAGCUAUCGAAUUAUUUCUCGCCCAAAACAAACAUCGAAUUCGAAAUAUUUUCCUUUCGGCAGGCAAAACAGAUUCCCAAUGAAACAGUUGGACAGUUCUAUGCACGGCUUUUGAAAUUGAGUUCCAAUUGCGAAUUUUCAGACAGAGACAAAGAAAUCAAGUCUCAAAUCAUAUGCACAACAACAUCGCAUAGAUUGAGAGAUUUUGCCUUCCAAACAAAGCCAACACUUCAAAAGUUGUUAGAAGAAGCAAAAACGAUUGAGAUGUCUGAGGAACACGCAAUCAAAAUAGAAGCGCAACAGCAACAUACAACAGAACAAUGCAAUCAUGUUGCGAGAGCGAAACAACACUAUAAUACAAAGCGCACCAACACCAACACAAACCCAAACAAAAAAAGCGCGCAAACACAAAAACACUCCAACAACAAUCCAAACUGUAAGAACUGUGGAAACAAUUGGCAUUCUGGUGGGCUUCAACAAUGUCCAGCAAGAAAUAUUCUCUGCAAUUUUUGCAAGAAGAAAGGACACUUUGCUAAAGUGUGUAUGAAACCGAAGUCCUCCAACAAUUUCAAAAUAAACAAUUUACAACAAACAGAAAAUGAUGAAACACAAGACUCCGUAUUUACAAUAAAUGAUGCUACUAACAACAAUUUGCCAACUAUAACAGUUUCCAUCAACAAAACACCAACGAACUUCACAAUUGACACAGGGUCAACCGCAACAAUCAUAAGCAACAGUACUUUCAACAAACUAACGAACAGACCAACAUUAACAAAACACACAGGAAAAAUAAUUCCAUAUAAUUCCACAACUUCAUUGCCGAUAAUUGGAAAAUUCACAGCCAGUCUUACUUUUAAACAACAUUCCAUAGCCGAGACAAUCUACGUAAUAGAUAGCCAAGCAAUAUCCAUUCUCAGUUACAACGCAUCAAAACAACUCAACAUAAUCCACAUAGUCCAACAAUUAUCAAACAACAUCAGUCUCGACAUCAAACAGAAGUACCCUGAAGUCUUCAGAGGAAUCGGGAAACACAACAAACACAAAGUACAUCUUUUCAUCGACAAAGAAGUACCACCAGUCGCACAACGUUUCCGUCGAAUUCCAUUCCAUUUAAGAUCAUCAGUUGAAGACGAAAUCAACCGCCUACUCAAAGCAGACAUCAUUGAAAAAGCAACAGGUCCAACACCGUGGGUAUCACCAGUGGUGAUUGUACCAAAACCCCACAACCCAACAGCUAUUCGGAUGUGCAUUGAUAUGCGAGCAGCCAACAAAGCCAUUCAACGUGUCAGAAAAAUAACACCAACUCUGCAAGACAUAAUAACAUCUUUAAAUGGCACAACAGUCUACAGCAAAAUCGACCUCAACGAAGGCUAUCAUCAAAUCGAAUUGGAUGAAGAAUCGCGUUUCAUCACGACUUUCAGCACACACUGUGGAGUCUACAGGUACAAAAGACUCAACUUCGGUGUCAACACAGCAGCCGAAGAGUUCCAAGACAUCAUCCGACAGACGCUCAACAACAUCAAAAACGUCCUGAAUGUGAGUGAUGACAUAUUCAUUUUUGGGAAAACGCAAACUGAACAUGAUCAAGCACUUGAAGAGGUAUUACAACGACUUCGUGCAAACAACCUAACAGUCAACGAGAAAAAGUGUGUAUUCAGCCAACCCCAGCUGAAGUUUUUCGGUUUUGUUUUCUCAAAGGACGGCAUCCAACCAGACCCCGAGAAAGUAGCAGUUUUUGAACAACUCAAAACACCCAACAACGUCUCAGAAGUCCGCAGCAUCCUUGGUAUGUUAAAUUUUGCUUUACCUUUUCUUCCAGAACUAGCAACACACACCCAACCAUUGCGAGAACUCAUUCAAAAAAACACCGAGUUCGUUUGGAAGAAGAAGCACGAGGAAGCAUUAAUUUUCCUAAAGAAGCUAAUGGGAGAUGCAUCAAAACUUGCCUACUAUGACAUGAACAAGCCAACACAUCUACAUGUCGAUGCCGGUCCUGAAGGUCUUUCUGGUAUCUUGUCGCAACACCACAACAAAAGAUAUGAGAUCGUGGCAUAUGCAAGCCAUGCACUUACUGCGGUCGAGAAAAGAUACAGCCAAAUAGAGAAAGAAAUGUUAGCAGCAACAUGGGCAAUGGAACAUUUCAAGAUCUAUUUGUAUGGGACUAAGUUCACGCUCCAUACAGAUCACAUGCCGUUAAUAAGUAUUUUUAAGAAUCCUUUGUCCAAGCCAACAAGCAGAAUUGAGCGACUAUUGCUCAAGACACAAGAGUUUAGUUUCAACAUUCAACAUCAACAAGGUAAUUCAAAUCCUGCAGACUAUUUCUCCCGACAUCCAAACAACAACAGCAACAACAGUUACAACAAAAACAACAUAAUAGAACAGUACGUAAACUUCAUCAUCAAUAAUUCACUACCGAAAGCGAUCUCCCUGCAAACAAUACAAGAAGAAACACAACAAGAUCCAAUUCUACAACUUCUCAUCAAAGCAAUUACAUCCAACAGCAACACCCAAUGGAACAGCAACCAAAUAUCCAGGUAUAAAGGUGUACGGCAAGAACUAUCCAUAGCAGAAGGAUGUGUACUUAAAGGUUCACAAAUACUUUUGCCCCACAAGCUAGUUCAACGUGCCAUCGCUUUAGCACAUAAAUCCCACAUGGGAAUAGUUAAAACAAAACAAUUGCUCAGAACCAAAAUUUGGUUUCCUGAUCUCGACAAGAAAGUAGAAGAAACCGUGUCACAGUGUCACAUUUGCCAAGUGGUUAAUAAUCAAAACCAUCGUGAACCACUUUCAAUUGUCGAACUAGCGUCAACACCAUUUGAGAAAGUGUCGAUGGAUUUUGCUGGUCCGCUUCCGAACGGGAAGUACUUACUCAUUUUGGUCGAUGAGUAUUCGAAGUAUCCAUUCGUCGAACAGAUACACUCAACAAAAUUCAUUGAUGUGAAGAAAGUAUUAACGAAAAUAUUUUCUGCAUUCGGUACUCCAUUGAAUUUGAAAUCCGACAAUGGACCACCAUUCAGCAGCCACGAGUUUAAAGAAUUCAUGGAUUCCCAGAACAUUAAACAUCACAAAACAACCCCGUAUUGGCCAGAAGCAAAUGGAGCAGCGGAACGCAUGGUGAAGACAAUCAAAAAGUCUCUCAUUUCAUCCGAGCUAGAACACCAUAAUUGUUUAUCACAACUGGACAUGUUUUUGAUGGACUAUCGCUCAACUCCGCAAGCAACAACUGAAGUAUCUCCGUUCGAAUUGAUGUUCAACAGGAAGAUGAAUAACUUUCUGCCAACACUGAAAGAGAAGACAACAAAACUGGUCAACAAAGAACAAAACAACAAACUCAAAAAUAAACAAUACGCAGAUAAACGAAGACACACCAAACGAGCAGCAUUCAAAGUCGGCGACCAGGUAAUUUGCAAGCAAAGAAAAAUUAAUAAACUUACUCCACCGUAUGAUCCUGAGCCGAUGAAAAUAACCAAAAUCAUUGGUUCGCAAAUUUGGGCCAGAAGAGAAGGAGAGACCAAUACAAUUGUAAGAAACUCUUCGUUCUUCAAGAAUUUCGUCAAGCCCAACAUCCAACAAAUAACAACAAGAAGACCUGCACGCAAAAAUUACAUCAACUAUAAAGAGCAAAAUCAAAUUGAUUCAAAUUCAAAUGAAAAUUCUGAAAAUUAUCAACAGUUUCCAACACCAGCUGAUUUUGACAUUGCUAUAGAUGAAAACAACAGAGAUGUAACUGAGGAAGUUGAAGUUUUCACCACUCCACCAAAUUCACCACAAUUAAGAUACGAACACAAGCGCAGUACUAGAUCGAAGAGACCACUGCGUUUUGAUGACUACAUAUUAGAAUAA